UCUCUUGGAGUCACCUGAGUCGCCCUGGCAGCCCUGGUGGGCCGGUGAGGAGCAUGUCUUCGGCCCGCCUGUGGAGUUUGGCUGUUCUGUUGACGAUCACGGAAUUCGGCGGUGAAGCUGGAGGACCGGAGCAGCAGAGACUAGGAAGAAGCACCGACGUGCAACAGCCCCGAAUUGCUACAGAGAGAGGAAACUUGGUGUUUCUUACUGGUUCUGCCCUGAACAUCGAAUUUAGAACAGGAUCCUUGGGGAAAAUUAAGUUAAAUGAUGAGGAUCUCAGCGAAUGUUUACAACAGAUCCAGAGAAACAAAGAUGACAUCGUGCAGUUAAAAGGGGGUGCCGCUGGUGCGCCUCAAAAUAUCACUAGUCAAAUCCAUCAACUUAAUUCCAAGCUUGCGGAUCUUGAGAGAAAGUUUCAAAGUUUACAGCAGGCGGUUGACAAGAACGUUUGCAGCAGCAAUCCCUGCCAAAACGGUGGAACCUGCCUCAACCUGCACGGUGCCUUUUUCUGUAUCUGCCCAUCACAGUGGAAGGGUCCUCUAUGUUCGGCUGAUGUUAAUGAAUGUGAGAUUUAUUCUGGAACACCCAUGAGCUGCCAGAAUGGAGCCACGUGUAUAAAUACAUUGGGGAGUUACAGGUGUAGCUGCUCCCCGGAUACCUAUGGACCGCAGUGCGCGUCCAGAUACGACGACUGCGCACUGGGCUCCCAGGUGCGCUGCGGCCGUGGCAUCUGUGAGGACUCGAUCCGAGAGCACCCUGGGGAGCCCAAGUACAGCUGCCGCUGCGAUGCUGGAUGGAUGUCUCCACCAGGCAGCCCCGAUUGCACGCAGGACGUAGAUGAGUGCAGCCUGCAGCCUGCGCCUUGUUCCCCACUUGUGCAGUGCUUCAACACGCCAGGCUCUUUCUAUUGCGGGGCCUGUCCGUCAGGUUGGCAAGGAAAUGGAUAUCACUGCCAAGAUAUCAAUGAGUGUGAAAUCAAUAACGGUGGCUGUUCUGAGGUUCCGCUUGUUGAGUGUGUAAAUACCAUCGGAUCUUACCACUGUCAACCAUGUCCUCCAGGGUACCAGGGCAACGGCAAAGUGUGCACCCUCAUAGACAUCUGCUCGGUCAACAACGGAGGCUGUCACCCACAGGCUUCCUGCUCCUCGGUUCUAGGUUCCUUACCUCUCUGUACCUGUCACCUGGGAUAUACAGGAAAUGGUUAUGGGCAAAAUGGAUGUGUACAACUCAGUAAUAUUUGCCUCAGUCACCCCUGCUUAAAUGGACAAUGCAUUGAAACAGCCUCUGGUUAUCUUUGCAAGUGUGCACCAGGUUGGGCUGGUAUCAACUGCACAGAAAACAUCAACGAGUGUUUGAGCAGGCCCUGUUCGAAUGGAGGGACUUGUGUGGAUGGUGUUAAUGCUUUCAGUUGUGAAUGCAGCAGUGGCUGGACUGGAUCGCACUGUCAGGUUCCUCAGCAAGUUUGUGGAGGAUCACUGUCGGAGAAAAAUGGCAGCUUCAGCUACCGUAGCCCUGAUGUCGGUUAUGCUCAUGAUGUGAACUGCUUCUGGGUCAUCCGAACGGAAGAGGGAAAGGUCCUGCGCGUCACUUUCAGCUUUUUCCAGUUGGAAUCAGCGGACAAUUGUCCCCAUGAGUUUCUUCAGGUUUAUGACGGAGAAUCUUCCGCCGGCCUCCAACUUGGCCGAUUCUGCGGCGCCAGCCCUCCCAGGGAAGUCCUCAGCAGCGACAAUGCGCUCUAUUUCCACUUUUAUUCGGAACACUUCCGAAGCGGCAGAGGCUUUACAGUCCGAUGGGCAACACAGCAACCAGCGUGUGGAGGGAGACUGACUGGUGCUUACGGCUCAAUUACGUCUCCGGGCUACCCUGGGAACUACCCCCCUGGGAGAGAUUGUGUCUGGAAAGUCAUGGCCGCUCCUGGCCUCCUGGUAACGUUCACUUUUGGGACGUUGAGUCUGGAGCACCACGAUGAUUGCAGCAAAGAUUAUCUUGAGAUUCGAGAUGGGCCUAUGCAAACAGACCCUGUUCUUGGGAAGUUCUGCACGACACUUUCUACUCCACCACUCCAGACGACAGGUCCCUUGGCCAGAGUUCAUUUCCAUUCUGAUGCCCAGAUUAGUGACCAAGGGUUUCACAUCACCUACUUAACAUCACCUUCUGGACCAUUGGCCCACAGCAGGCAGUGCAUCUACAUCAUCGAACAACCUGUGGGAGAAAAGAUUCAAAUCAACUUCACCCACGUGGAGCUGGGAGGCCAGACGGGCUGUUCUCCCAGUUCCAUUGAGGUUCUAGAUGAAGACAUUAUACUUGGAAAAUUCUGUGGUGAUUCAACCAUAUCUCACAUGAACUCCAUCACUAAUAGAAUCUGGAUUAGGUUUAAAAUAGAUGCUUCCAUUGCAAAAGCUGGUUUCAGAGCGGUUUAUCAAGUAGCUUGUGGAGGUGCAUUGACUGGAGAAGGAGUCAUCCGCUCUCCUUUGCAUCCUAACGUGUAUCCCGGAGACAGGGUCUGUAGGUGGGCCAUCCACCAACCCCAACGCCGUGUGGUUCUCAAUGUCACUGCUUUUGACAUUGGACCUUCUGCUGCCCAUUGUGAUACGGAUUAUAUGGAGGUUGGUAGCAGCUCCAUUUUGGGUUCUCCUGAAAAUAAGAAAUAUUGUGGCUCAGAUACACCUUCCCUUAUCACAUCUGUGUAUAAUUUUCUAUACAUCACAUUCGUGAAAAGCUCCUCUUCUCAGAAUCAUGGCUUCAUGGCUACGUUCAGUUCUGCAGACUUCGCUUGUGGAGAAGUUCUUAUAGAGCCAACGGGCACCAUUCAAAGUCCUGGCCACCCAAACGUCUACCCUCAUGGUAUCAAUUGUACCUGGCAUAUAGUAGCCCAACCUGGACAACUGAUUCGUUUGGUAUUCAGAACCUUUCAUCUGGAGUUUCAUUACAAUUGCACAAAUGAUUAUCUGGAAGUUGUUGACACUGGCACUGGGACCUCUCUGGGGAGAUAUUGCGGAAGAUCGAUCCCACCAUCCCUCACCAGCAGUGCCAACUCAUUAAGGCUGGUCUUUGUCGCCGAUGCUGACCUGGCUUAUGAAGGCUUUGAAAUAACUUAUGAAGUGAUUAAUGCAGCAACAGCAUGUUCAGAAGACUAUACCAUGGCAUCUGGAACAUUUACUUCUCCAAACUACCCCAAUAAUUACCCUGACAACCGGGAGUGCAUUUACAGGAUCACCGUGGGAACCAGCCAGCAGAUCGCACUGCACUUUACGAACUUCUCUUUGGAGGAAGCCUUUGGUCACUGUGCAGAUUUUGUAGAAAUCAGAGAUGGCGGCUAUGAAACCUCACCAUCCCUUGGAAUAUACUGUGGCUCAAAGCUGCCUCCAAGAAUCAUCUCUCACAGUAACAAACUAUGGAUAAAAUUUAAGAGUGACCUCGUUGGCUCAAGGUCUGGAUUCUCAGCUAACUGGGAUGGAUCAGCAACAGGCUGUGGUGGCAACCUCACAACCCCCAGCGGCAGCUUCCUGUCUCCCAACUACCCGAUGCCGUACUACCAUAGCUCUGAGUGCUACUGGUGGCUGAAAUCCAGCCACGGAAGCCUCUUUGAAGUGGAAUUCGAAGACUUCCACCUGGAGUACCAUCCUAACUGCACUUUAGAUUAUCUGGCUGUAUAUGAUGGCCCAAGUACCAGCUCUCAUCUGCUAACUCAGCUUUGUGGGAAUGAAAAUCCACCUCCCAUCCGUUCUAGUGGGGACAGCAUGUUUUUUAAACUUCGGACAGAUGAAGGUCAGCAAGGAGGUGGCUUCCUGGCCAGCUAUCGACAGAUAUGUGAGAAUGUGGUGAUUGCCAAUAGAACUUCUGGCAUCUUGGAAAGUAUACAUUACCCAAAUCCUUAUUACGCCAACCAACGUUGUAACUGGACCAUUCAAGCAACACGUGGCAACACCGUGAACUACACCUUCUUAGCAUUUGAAGUAGAACGUCACACAAAUUGCUCUGCAGACUACUUAGAGCUCUACGAUGGAUCACACCGGAUAGGACGCUACUGUGGAACAGAGAUUCCUGCCUCAGGGAGCACUGUAAGCCCACAGCUUCAUGUGCUGUUCCACACGGAUGGGGUUGGUGACCAGGAGAAAGGAUUUCAGAUGCAGUGGUUCAUUCAUGGGUGUGGUGGGGAGCUGUCUGGUGACAUGGGUUUCUUCAGUAGCCCCGGCUAUCCUAACCAGUACCCCCCCAACAAAGAGUGCGUCUGGUACAUUAGCACAGCCCUCGGGAGCAGCAUUCAGCUCACCAUCCAUGACUUCGAUGUGGAGCAGCAUGCAAGCUGCAUCUAUGACUCCCUGGAGGUCUAUGGAGGACCUGAUUUCCACUCUCCGAGGAUAGCCCAGCUGUGUGCCCACAGAUCAUCUGAAAACCCCAUGCAAGUUUCCAGCACUGGAAAUGAACUAGCUAUCCGGUUUAAGACAGACAGCUCCAUCAAUGGGAGAGGCUUCAACGUCUCCUGGCAUGCGGUCCCUGGAGGUUGUGGUGGGAAUUUCAAUGUUCCCAGUGGAGAGAUUCAUUCUCCAAAUUACCCCAGUCCUUACAGGAGUAACUCAGAGUGUUCCUGGCUCAUCCAGGUAGAAAAAAAUCACCGUGUUCUUUUGAACUUCACCGACUUUGACCUUGAACCCCAGGACUCUUGUAUUGCGGGAGUCGUGAAGGCGAGCAUCGAGGCGCCGGCCAUCUCUCUUGUAGCCAACUGGAAGCUGGAUGUGAAACUUAAGAGAAGGUCCAAUAUCUUGCUUAAUCACAUAACCCUGUCCUUCAGCCAUUUUGAACUUCAAAGUAGCACGGCGUGCGUGAGUGACUUUGUAGAAAUUUUGGACGGCAAGGACCAUGAUGCUCCUCCCCGAGGCCGUCACUGUGGCAACUCGCUGCCACAUCCCAUCACUUCUUUCAGCAACGCUCUGACACUGAGGUUUGUCUCGGAUGGCGUGGGGACAUACGAUGGUUUUCGUGCUAUAUACGUGGCCUCCUCCUCAGUAUGUGGCGGGACUUUCUCCAUGAUGGAAGGCACCUUCAACAGCCCCGGCUACCCAGAUGUUUAUCCUCCGCAUGUGGAAUGCAUCUGGAACAUAGUCAGUUCCCCUGGCAACCAGCUCCAGCUGUCUUUCACAACUUUCCAGUUGGAGGACUCUCGGGACUGUAGCAGAGAUUUUGUGGAGAUGCGGGAAGGCAAUGCCACAGGCCUCUUGGUGGGACGGUACUGUGGCCACAUCCUGCCUCUCAAUUACUCAUCCAUUGUGGGGCAUAGCCUAUGGGUCCGAUUUGUCUCGGAUGGCUCGGGCAGUGGAAGAGGCUUCCAGGCCACAUUUGUUCAUGUAUUUGGCAAUGCCAACAUCAUGGGAGCUCAGGGGACAAUUGCCUCUCCCUUAUGGCCAAGUAAUUACCCCCAUAACUCCAAUUACCAGUGGAUCGUAAAUGUGAACGCCUCUCAAGUUAUCCACGGUCGAAUCUUAGAGAUGAACAUUGAAGCAUCAAGCAACUGCUAUUACGACAAAUUAAAGAUUUUUGAUGGGCUUGGCAUUCUUUCCCGCAAAAUUGGAACUUUCUGUGGUACCCAGCCUGCAUCCUUUGUGUCCUCUAGGAAUUCUCUGACAUUUCAGUUUUCUUCUGACUCUUCAGUCUCCGGGAAAGGAUUCCUUCUGGAGUGGUUUGCCGUGGCUGCGUCUGAUGGACCUUUACCUACCAUUGCUCCAGGUGCUUGUGGUGGGUUUCUGAGGACAGGAGAUGCGCCUGCCUUUCUGUUCUCCCCAGGCUGGCCUGAAAAAUACAGUGACCGGGCUGACUGCGCGUGGCUUAUCCACGCUCCUGACUCUACUGUGGAACUCAACAUCCUCUCCAUGGACAUUGAAUCACAUGAAUCAUGCUACUACGAUAAACUUGUAGUAAACGAUGGAGACAGUAGCGAGGCCCAGGAGCUAGCAGUUCUGUGUGGCAAAAAAAUCCCAGGUCCCAUCAGGUCUACCGGAGAGUACAUGCUGCUGCGAUUCACCUCCGACGCCACGCUCACCGGGGCCGGCUUCAAUGCAUCCUUUCACAAGAGUUGUGGGGGCUAUUUGCAUGCCGACAGAGGGAUUAUUGCGUCACCCAUGUAUCCUGAAGCCUACCCUCCCAGCCUCAACUGCUCGUGGCAUGUCCUGGUCCAAAGUGGUCUGACCAUCGCGGUCCACUUUGAACAGCCAUUCCAGAUUGCAAACGAAGAUGCUUCUUGCAACCAGGGGGAUUAUUUAGUGCUGAAAAAUGGACCUGAUAUUUAUUCUCCACCCUUGGGACCCCACGGAGGAAAUGGUCGUUUUUGUGGUAGUCGUCCUUUCUCUACUAUAUUCACCUCUGACAAUGAAAUGUUUGUUCAGUUUAUUUCUGAUCAUAGUCAUGGCGGGCAAGGAUUUAAGAUCAAAUAUGAAGCAAAGAGUUUAGCUUGUGGGGGCAAUAUUUAUGUCCACGACGCUGAUGCUGCUGGCUAUGUGAGCUCCCCCAACUACCCGGACAACUAUCCCCAGCACGCUGAUUGCAUUUGGAUCUUAUUUGCUCCUCCUGGAAAGCUCUUACAGCUGCAAUUUGAAGACCAAUUCAACAUUGAAGUAACCCCCAACUGUACUGCCAAUUACCUUGAGUUGCGGGACGGAGCUGAUUCCAAUGCCCGGUUGCUUUCCAAGCUUUGUGGGACAUCCUUGCCUGGCAGUCAGCUGUCCUCAGAAGAAGUCAUGUACUUGAGAUUCCGGUCUGAUAACAGCCCCGCUCAUGUUGGCUUCAAGGCUAAGUAUUCCAUAGCCCUGUGUGGAGGCAGAGUGACUGGCCAGAGCAGUAUCAUUGAAAGCAUUGGCUACCCGGCACUCCCCUAUCAGGACAAUUUAUUCUGUGAGUGGCAGCUGCAGGCCCCCUCGGGGCACUAUAUCACCAUCCACUUUGAAGACUUUCACCUUCAGAAUUCCUCCGGCUGUGAGAAAGACUUCGUGGAGAUCUGGGACAACCAUAUCUCUGGAAACACGUUGGGCAGAUUCUGUGGAAACACCUUUCCCGACAGAGUGGAGACGUCUGGCAAUGUCGCGUUAGUCAGAUUUGUCACAGAUGGUUCGCUUACUGCCUCGGGAUUCAGGUUGCGUUUUGAGUCGAGCGUAGAAAAGUGUGGCGGGGAUCUCCAGAACCCUACCGGAACAUUUGCUUCUCCCAACUACCAGAGCCCCAACUCUCACCGCCGCCUCUGUGAGUGGAGACUCACUGUGCAGGAAGGCAGGCGGAUCUCACUCACCUUCAACAACCUGAGGCUGGAAGCUCAGCCGUCCUGCAACAAUGAGCACGUGAUGGUAUUCAACGGCAUUAGAAGUGACUCACCCCUCCUAGAGACAGUGUGCAGUAGUGUGAAUGUAAGCAACCAGAUCAAAUCUUCAGGAAAUACAAUGAAAGUCAUCUUUUUCACUGAUGGAUCCAGGCCCUAUGGAGGCUUCCUUGCUUCCUACACAUCUAGUGAAGAUGCUGUGUGUGGUGGGCCCCUCUCAGCCUUCCCUGGAGGAAACUUUUCUUCUCCUGACUGUGGUGGAAUCCAGACAGGCGAGAGUGGAGUGAUUACAAGUCCCAAUUAUCCGGCCUCCUAUGACCGCUUGGCCCACUGUUCCUGGUUAUUGGAAGCCCCACCAGGCCACACUAUCACUCUUACAUUUAGUGACUUUGAUAUUGAAUCCCAUGCAACUUGUGCUUGGGACUCGGUCACUGUCAGAAAUGGUGGCUCUCCUGGAUCACCCAUCAUAGGACACUACUGCGGACAGUCAAACCCCGGGACAAUCCAGUCUGGAUCCAAUCAACUGGUGGUAUCUUUUAACUCAGACUAUUCAAAACAACGUGGUGGAUUUUAUGCUACGUGGGUCACACAAACUUUAGGCUGUGGUGGGAUCCUUCACUCUGACAAUGGCACCAUCAGGUCCCCUCGCUGGCCUCAGCAGUUCCCCGAGAACAGCAGGUGCGCGUGGACAGUCGUCACUCACGAAAGCAAACACUUGGAGCUCAGCUUUGACAGCGACUUCCUCCUCCCCAGUGGCGAUGGGCUGUGUCAGGACAGCUUUGUGAAGGUGUGGGCAGGAUCUCAGGAGGCCGAAGAAGCCCUGUUAGCCACAAGUUGUGGGAACGUGGCUCCCAGCCCCAUCAUCACACCUCGAAACACGUUCACUGCUGUGUUCCAGUCUCAGGGGCCUCCAGCUCGGGGCUUCUCUGCAGCCUUCAUAAGCCGAUGUGGAGGAAACUUCACUGGCCCGUCCGGUGACAUCGUUUCCCCUAACUACCCAAAGCAGUACGACAACAAUGUGAAUUGCACCUAUGUCAUUGAGGCUAGUUCCCAAUCAGUGGUCCUCUUGACUUUUGUGUCUUUCCAUUUGGAAGCACGCUCAGCCAUCGCAGGGAGUUGUGUCAACGAUGGAGUGCACAUCAUUAGAGGGUACAGCUUAUCUUCCACACCAUUUGCGACCCUAUGUGGUGAUGAGACCCCUGCUCCCGUCUCCAUCUCUGGUCCAGUGCUGCUCUACUUCUACUCUAACGCACACAUCACGGACUAUGGAUUCAAGUUUUCCUACAGGAUAGCCUCCUGUGGUGGCAUGUUCAAUUUCUCCACGGGCAUCAUCCGGAGUCCCGCCUACUCACAUUCAGACUACCCUAACCACAUGUACUGCUUGUACACCAUCACCGUUGAAGAAAACAAAUUGAUUCAGCUCAAGUUCAGUGAUUUUGCUGUGGCUCCCUCCACCUCCUGCUCCCAAGACUACUUGGCGAUUUAUGAUGGGUCGAACAGCAGUGACCCCCUCCUUGGCAAAUUCUGUGGCUCCAAGCUGCCGCCAAAUGUUAGGAGCACUAAUAACAGUUUGCUCCUGGUGUUCAAGACAGACUCAGCUCAAACCGCGAGAGGCUGGAGGAUUUCCUUCCGACAGACAUUAGGCCCUCAGCAAGGAUGUGGAGGUUACCUGACAGGUUCAAACCAAACCUUUGCCUCUCCUGAUUCCGAUUCAAAUGGACGCUAUGACAAGAAUUUAAACUGUGCGUGGUUCAUAAGUGCACCUAUAAACAAAUUAAUUAAGCUCACCUUCAAUACAUUUACUCUGGAGGCUGCAAGUGUUUCCCAAAGAUGUGUUUAUGAUUAUGUAAAGCUGUUUGAUGGGGACAGUGAAAAUGCCAAGCUGGUGGGAACGUUCUGUGGUUCAUCGCUACCUGCUCCUUUCAUCUCUUCCGGUAACUUCCUCACGGUUCAAUUUGUCAGCGACCCAACUUUAGAAAGGGAAGGAUUUAAUGCAACAUAUACCAUCGUGGACAUGCUGUGUGGAGGAACCUACAAUGCGACUCGGGCCCCACAAACUAUCUUGUCGCCAAAUUCAUCGGACCCUGAUGCGCCACUGCACACCUGUACGUGGGUCAUGGAAGCCCCUUCUCACCAGCAGCUCAAGAUAACUGUGCUGGAAGUGCAGCUCCGCUCACAAGACUGCUCGCAGAAUUACGUGGAGUUCCAGGACUCCCCAGAGAUAAAUGCUCACCCAGGAGUCCGACUUUGUGGCAGAAACAUCUCCACUGUCCCUGAAUUUUAUUCUUUGACACGUACGGCAGUUGUCAAGUUCAAAUCUGAAGUCUUUAACAGAGACUCAAGGCUGAGCUUUACUUAUCAAAUUGCAGAUUGCAGCAGAGAAUACAAGCAGGCAUUUGGCAAUCUGAAGAGUCCCGGGUGGCCAGCUGGUUAUAACAGUGACCUGGACUGCACAGUGACUCUCGCGGCACCGCGGAACCACUCCAUCUCCCUCUUCUUCCAUUCCUUUGACAUCGAGGCGUCCAGCGGAUGCACACACGAUUUCUUAGAGAUAAGAAAUGGACCUGAUAGCAGUUACCCGCUGCUUGGCAAAUAUUGUGGAAAUCUUCUUCCUAAUCCUGUUUUCACUCAAAGCAAUGAAUUGUACCUGCGAUUCAAGAGUGAUAAUGCGAUUUCUGCUCCCGGAUAUGAAAUUGUCUGGACUUCGUCACCCUCAGGCUGUGGUGGAACACUUUACGGAGACAGCGGUUCGUUCACCAGCCCGGGCUAUCCAGGGAGCUACCACAACAACACUCACUGUGAGUGGACCAUCACUGCUCCUGCUGGGAGACCUGUGACAGUCAGCUUUCACUUUAUCAGCAUCGACGAUCCAGGAGACUGUGUACAAAACUACCUCAUACUCUACGAUGGGCCAGAUGCUGAGUCUCCAUCCACUGGACCUUAUUGUGGAGCAGACACUGAGAUAUUUUCGUUUGUGUCUUCCUCGCAUCGUGUCUUCAUAAGAUUCCACGCGGAAUAUGCCUUGCUGCCGUCGGGCUUCUGGUUAACGUGGACCAGCUAACCUCCCGUGCUGUCUCAGCACCGCGCCGCUCCUGUAGAGACAGCGGGACAGCACCCUGGGCAGGAUCCUGCUUGGUGGGGACCCGCCCACGCCACUGAAAAUGAUUUAAACUUCUACACUUUUCACCACUGCUUGUAUAGAGUCUGCGUUCGAACACUUUUUCUGGGAUGUAAAAAUGUAGUUUAUUUCAUUGGAACUGUGCACGUCAGGCUGAUAAUGUUUUUGAGCAGAAAUAAAAUUAUCCUUAUAUCGUUGGAAAA